AUGAAGCUCUCCUUCUCCCCGCUCGUCUCCCUCUUCGGCUUCGUCUUCCAAUGCCUGCGCCUUCAAGCCUGCUCCACUAGAAUGCUUCCUCCUCCGGAUCCCUGUCCGAGUGCGAUGGCGGCCAUGCGAUUUUGCUUGCCCCACUUGGCGAAGUCGCCUCUUCUGUUCUGGCACGCCUACCCUGCCCCGACCUUACAAUGCUGCGCGGCCUUCUCCGCCGCCAUCGAAGGUCCCGAGGCCGCCUGCCUAUGCCUUCUGGUCCAUCAGAAAGCAUUCUUGGGGAAGCCGAUCGACGCUUCACGCCUCUUCUCCCUCCCCGCCGCCUGCGGGAACCCGGUCGACGCCUUCGCCACUGAGAUCUGCCAAGAUUCUGCUCCUCGUGCAUCUCCGACUCCUCCCGCUGCCGCUCCGGCCUCCCGUUUUAACCUCAGGUUAACAUUAACAAUUUAUUUGCCCGCAUCUGUAGUUGUCAUUCUUGUUUUGGCGAUAUUGAUUGCUCGUUUCUGGAACUCUUGUGCCGAAUUGUUUGUGUGCUUUCGGGUUGAUUCUAAAUCCUGA